GGUGCGUUAUAAUAUUGCAAGCUCGUGUUCUAACAUUGAGAGGAAAACUACCGUUUUUCCACCUUGUCAUUCCAUCCUUCGCAAGGUUCACCUCCAAAUUCCCUGUACUAUUAGCAUCUGGGCGGAAAACGGACGCUUGCGCUCUAGAUCCUUCCGGACGUCGAUCUCUCUUCCUCUGUUCCCGCUCCCGUAUCCCGAGCAUCCCGAUUUUGGUCCAGCGACUGCGAUCAUCCCUUAGUGAGGCUGGGCUUGGCAGUGCGACAGGCCUCAACGACGUGCCGCCAUGACCAUCCAGUCGCGACAGAUCGCCUUGCUCAUCUUCACGUUCUUCAAUUUCCUCGACCAACUCUGGGUCAGAUCGGAGAAGAUUCCACUGGGAGCGAUAUUUGAACAGGGUACUGACGAUGUCCAAACAGCAUUCAAGUUUGCGAUGCAUCAGCACAACCAGAAUAUAACAGGCAAAAAGUUCGAGUUCCAGGCAUAUGUUGAUGUUAUCAAUACUGCAGAUGCUUUCAAACUGUCAAGACUGAUUUGCAAUCAGUUUUCUAGAGGUGUUUACUCGAUGCUAGGAGCAGUAUCACCAGAUUCCUUUGAUACGCUGCACUCCUACAGCAAUACUUUCCAAAUGCCCUUUGUGACUCCCUGGUUCCCAGAAAAGGUCCUAGCUCCUUCAUCUGGGUUCAUGGAUUACGCCAUUUCUAUGAGACCAGAGUACCACAAGGCUAUUAUCGAUACAGUAAAAUACUACGGAUGGAAGAGGAUUAUUUACUUCUAUGAUUCGAAUGACGGUUUGCUUAGACUCCAACAAAUCUACCAAGGUCUGACACCAGGCAUAGAAAGCUUUCAAGUGUCUACAGUGAGACGCAUUGGAAAUGUUAGCGAAGCUCUGAGUUUCCUCAGAGGCAUCGAAGAGCAGUCUAGAUGGUCAAACAAAUACGUGGUGUUGGACUGCCUUGCUGAGACAGCCAAGGAAAUAGUCGUAGGUCACGUUAGGGACAUGGCAUUGGGUAGAAGGAACUAUCACUAUCUGCUUUCCGGAUUGGUGAUGGACGACAAAUGGGAAAGUGAAGUUGUAGAAUAUGGAGCUAUAAAUAUUACAGGGUUUCGUAUUGUAGAUAAUUCUAAAUCACACGUCAAGGAGUUUCUAGAAGGUUGGAAAAGGUUGGAUCCAGCAACAUCUCCAGGUGCUGGUAAAGACAGUAUUUCCGCUCAGGCAGCCUUAAUGUACGAUGCUGUCUUUGUAUUGGUGGAAGCUUUCAACAAACUUCUAAGGAAGAAGAAUGACUUGUUCAGAAGUAACAUGAGAAGAGGUCUAAGCACCAAUAGUACUUCAACUAAAGUAUUAGAUUGCAAUGUUAAUGGCGGAUGGGUGACACCGUGGGAACAUGGAGAUAAGAUAUCUAGAUUCCUUAGAAAGGUUGAGAUAGAAGGACUAACAGGAGAGGUUCGUUUUAGUGAAGAGGGAAGGAGGCAAAACUAUACUCUCCAUGUCGUUGAGAUGACUGUUAAUAGUGCAAUGGUCAAAGUAGCAGAAUGGAGUGAUGAAACUGGGUUUAAUCCUGUUGCAGCUAAAUAUACCAGGGUCAAAGCCAAUGCUCAUAUUGAACGAAAUAAGACUUACAUUGUCACAACUAUCGUUGAAGAACCUUAUAUUAUGUUACGUCAGCCAGAGAAAGGAGAAUUUCUUCAUGGUAACGAUCGUUUUGAGGGAUACUGCAAGGAUCUAGCGGAUUUGAUUUCAAAGAAGCUUAGUAUCAACUAUGAACUCAGGAUUGUGAAGGAUGGCCAGUAUGGGGCAGAAAACCAUGAAGUGAAAGGAGGCUGGGAUGGAAUGGUUGGAGAACUUGUUAGACAGGAAGCAGAUAUGGCUAUAGCACCUAUGACGAUCACCUCUGAACGCGAAAGGGUGAUCGACUUCAGCAAACCCUUCAUGUCUCUGGGCAUAUCAAUCAUGAUCAAGAAGCCUAUGAAACAAAAACCUGGAGUGUUCAGCUUCUUGAACCCCUUAUCCAAAGAGAUCUGGGUGAGCGUGAUGUUCGCUUACGUAGCAGUCAGCAUUGUGCUUUUCGUUGUAUCCAGAUUUUCACCGUAUGAAUGGAGGAUGAUACAUACCAGUAUCGAGUCCAGAGAUACGCUCAAUCAACACACCAAUCAUGGAGGAACUAUGGCCAAUGACUUUACAAUGAUGAACUCACUUUGGUUUGCUCUAGGUGCAUUUAUGCAACAAGGAGGUGAGCUAUCUCCAAGAUCGAUUUCCGGAAGGAUAGUCGGAGCUUGUUGGUGGUUCUUCACUCUAAUAUUGAUUUCAAGCUACACAGCCAACUUGGCGGCUUUCCUCACCGUAGAAAGAAUGGUAGCUCCAAUAAAUUCUGCAGAAGAUCUUGCUUCCCAAACUGAAGUUGAAUAUGGAACACUGUACCAUGGUGCAACGUGGGAUUUCUUCAGGCGCUCCCAGAUAACAUUGUACUCGAAAAUGUGGGAGUUCAUGAGUUCUCGCAAGCACGUGUUCGUGAAAACAUACGAUGAGGGAAUCAAAAGGGUGCGGCAAUCUAAGGGCAAGUACGCCCUUCUGAUUGAGUCGCCGAAAAACGAUUACAUCAAUGAAAGAGAGCCCUGCGAUACAAUGAAGGUUGGUAGAAAUUUAGACUCCAAAGGAUUUGGGAUUGCUACACCAUUAGGAUCACCUUUACGCGAUGCUAUCAAUCUAGCUGUUUUGAGUCUGACGGAAGAUGGAGAAUUGACAAAAUUGAAGAACAAAUGGUGGUACGAUAGAACCGAAUGUGUACGAGACAAACAGGACGCUACUACUAACGAGUUAUCGCUGAGCAACGUAGCAGGAAUAUUUUACAUAUUGCUAGCUGGACUAUUCUUAGCGAUGGCUGUCGCCUUGUUAGAAUUCUGUUACAAAUCGCACACAGAGGCUAAACGAGCCAAGAUUCCCUUAGGAGAUGCCAUGAAAGCAAAAGCCAGACUAACUAUAGGAGUUGGAAACGACUACGAUAACGGAAGGUACUACACUCCAGCAAAUCAAAUCGCCGGUGCCACCGAGCCAGAACAACCACAUAGCAACACACAUACGCAAGUGUGAAUGCCCAUUUACCCUGACUUGGUGACUUAAGCAAAUUAUUUGUGUAUGGCUAUUGGUUGAUGCUACCUUAGAGCGAUGUCAGACAUCAUACUGUCAAAGUGAAAAUCUGCGAGUUUGAAAGAUUUUUGUUGAUACAAGUAAAGGUAAUGCGAAAACACGUUAAUCCUUCAUGUUUGUUUGGCUACAAAAUGAAACCGGAUAUGCUUGGUAUAAUGUUGUCAGCAGCACUUGUCAUUUUCAAGUACAAAUGGAUUUUUUCUUUUUCAUUUCAUUUGUACUUGAAAAAGACCUCCGUGGUGGCCGAAACCUCGUCAGUAAACAGUAUUUCAAGGAUAUUUAUGUGGUUUCAUUUAGCGGCCAAACAUCAACGAAAAUACGUGUCACUACAUAUUUUAUAGUGCGUGGGCAUCUGAAUGAGUAUACUCCAUAAUCUGCAUGCACAAUUAUUUCCUAAGUCAGGUCCGACGUAGAUUUAAGCAAACCCAUAUUCUGCCCAGUCACGUUAUAGAAACAAUGAGGCUUCAAAUAUUAUAUUUUGUAGAUCUUCGUGAUGAAGAAAUAUGAAGACCGACUGACGUUAAUGACCUUUUGCAUUUGAAGCAAUGUGGAACCAGUUCCUUGUAACUUAAAAACAAUUGCUCAAUGGAGAUUCUAAAAAUGCAAUUAACAAAUUAAAAAAAAAGUAAGGAUUGUAAAUAAAGAUUGUAAAAACCUCUUUAAAACAAUCUACAUUAAAAUAUAAACGUAGUAACUAAAUAAAUGAAUGUAAUGAUUUAGGUAGGUUUUUCGAUAGUUAAUAUUAGCUCAUUCAGAGUAUUCUGUUAAUUUGUUUAAUACGAUAAUCAACAUUCUAUAGGAACAAUAAUCAAAAAUUGAUCAAAGUAACAUAUCGAUGGAUGUAUACUAUUAAACGUAGUCUUAUUUUGUUUCUCACUGUGACUGGGUAAAAGCAAAAUCAAACAUAACUAUUCUAAACAAUUUUAUGUGGU